AGAAGCCACCGCCACCACAAUCACAAUACCUUUGUUUUCACCUCCCUUUUUUUCCCUCAUUUUGUUAUCUUUUAAUACUUGUAUAAUAUACUUAUGUCAUUAGAAAUAACAUCAUCAAAAAACAACAACAUUGUUCAUGAACAAAUAAUGGAGAUUGAACAAGAAGAGGAAACUACUACGACGUCACGUAGUCAUCAAACGUGGCGUCGAGUCAUGUCACCAGAGAUUGUUGAAAUUGAAGAACAAGAAAUAAGUCAUAGUAGCCAAUACAUAACUAGUACUAGUAGUAAUAGAGAAGGUGUAGAUGUUUAUGUCGCGGUAGGGAAAAACGAUCUAGAUGUCGUGAAAUGGGCUGUUGAUCAUGUUGUGGCUCCUGGUGGAUCAUCGUCAGCUGCUCGGGUUUAUCUCGUCCAUGUUUUCCCUCCUGUCACUAAUAUACCAACUCCUGUUGGAAAGCUAUCAAGAAGCCAAUUAAGCAAAGAACAAGUCCAAGUCUAUAUAAACGAAGAAAAUAAUAAACGGAGAAGCUUGUUACAAAAAUACAUACGCCUUUGCAAUGAUGCCAAGAUAAAUGUAGAAACAAUGCUUCUGGAGAGCAAUACCACAACCAAAGCUAUCCUAGAUCUUAUCCAUGUCGUCAAUAUUACUAAACUUGUUAUUGGAACAAAAAGAGCACCUCCGCUAAGGCGGUUGAGAAAGGGGCCUGGCAAAGGAGAGUUUCUUAAGAAGAAUGCACCCGAUUUCUGUGAGGUUUCGAUAGUCUAUAACGGGAAAGAGGUUAUGGAACGACAUGCUGCAGAAGUUUCUCCUCCAUCAAAUAAUAAUGUACCUACGGCUACAACAAGUAGUAGUCAAAAUGGGAGGUUAAAGAAUAGUAUCGCUCACAACUUACAAGGGGAGCGGAAGUUGUUUUUUGAGUGUGCUUGUUUCUCUAAAAAUUUUGAUUGAUUGAAAAUUUCAAUCGUGCAUUGCGAUAUAUGCUUAAUUUAAUUAUGAUCGAACACGAGUCGUGAUCAUCUCGUGGGUUAUAGAGCGUUCAAAAUUUAUUUAUCAUUUUUAUUCCUAUUACUUAGUUCUACUGAAAUUAAGGAUGGGAUGUAUCCUUGGUUGAUUUAAGAAUGAGUUAUAAAGUUCUCAAAUUAGGUUGGGUCAUA